ACGUUUCAAACGGGUUAGGACAGUUAACACCGGGGUAGCAUUUUCUAGCAAUGACACCUACUCGUUUUCUGUGGAUAGCAGCUUGCUUUCUAACCUUUGCAGUCACUUCCCAUAGCGCCAGGAGAAGGACCAGCAGCUACGAUGCCGGCGUCGAUGCCAACGCUAUUCUGAAUCUGCACAACUAUCUUAGAAAAACUGUAUCCGCUCGUAAUAUGCGGACCCUCCGGUGGAGUAACGACGCGGCCAGGGUAGCGCAACGCUGGGCGGACACGUGUCCGUCGGGGCACGAUAGAAACUCUGCAAGGGGAAUUCCCGGUUUUUCAUCAUGCGGUCAGAAUAUUUCGUGGCGUCCACGAGGCGACACGUCGUGGAAGAAAGCCAUUAUGCAGUGGUAUGAUGAGGUCAAGGAUUUCCGAUACUGCCGGCGUCCAACGGGGGUAGUGGGGCAUUAUACACAGUUAAUGUGGGCGGAUACGUCGGUCGUGGGAUGCGCCAUUAAAACGGGAUGCAACACCUUAGGACCCAAUACGGUCGUGUUUGUGUGCAACUACUGCGAUGCAGGUAAUAUCAUGAUGUCGGGGAAUCCAAACUCGCAGUACUGCCCAUGGAGACAAUGAGCUAGCUGGGAGUUACAACUUACGAGUACAACUGAUAUUACGCACUACUCACAAACACGCGCGACCACAUUUUCAUAGACUACAAUAAUCGUGCAUAGCAGCAUUUUAGUAUUCUUUCAAACUGUAUCAGAAUUUGUAGCAGUGAAAAUUCAAUUUUUCAUUGCAUGGGAAAUUCAUUAGUGUUCAGUACCAUACUUUGCAUACUCGUAUUACUCGUAUUAUUUUGCUUGAAUGAGCUAAGCUACACUACACAGAUCUGUACGUGAAUAAGCUGCUGAAGAUUUUGAAUGGGGGAAA